CACAUGGAGUAAAACAAACAUACAGUCAAUAAUACAGUAGAAAAAUAAGUCUAUAUACAAUCACAACAUAGUUGGCUUAACUGCUUUACAAGCUAUCAUUCAAUUGGAAAGGCGAGGGCUCAAAGAAAGCACCUCUUGUAGACAGGUAAAAACUCAAUGGCAAAUAUAUUUUCCUUCCUCUUCUUGAACAUCCAUUUAAAGUCCCAAGUUUCAAAGGUCAAUUUGAAUUACCAGAAUGUAAAUGAAUGCGUCCUAGUUUCAUAAUGAGUUUGUUAUAAAAAGUGUGAAUCAGCCAUGACCUAAGUCAACCUCAGUGGGUGUGUGCCUUCAACUGUAGUCUCGCCCUUUGUGAAUCAGUAAAAGUUUGUAAUUGAAGCUAUUGUCUACUUGCUAUUGUCACAUACCUGGAGUAUGUCCCAAAUGGCACCCUAUAUUCUCUAUAUAAUACACUACUUUUGACUUUCGCCCUAUGGACCCUGGUCGAGAGUAGUGCUCUAUUUAGGGAAUCGGGUUCCAUUUGAGAAACAGCCCAGGUGCAUUCCAUGCCCUGUUUGCUUGCUCCACUCCCCACCCCGGGGAAUGCGACUGACUUCCUUGUAGAACAGGGUUGUGGCUCACUCACUGCUGUCACCAAAGCAUGCAGCUCUCACUACCAUCCUGAGGGAGACUCAAGGUGCUCAGGUGGAAUACUUUACCAGAAACCUAUAACUGACCAUAGGAUUCUCUUCUUGUUUAUGUUUUAAGUGUUAGAGGGAGACCCUGAGGAGGAUGUUGUACACAGAGUUUUUGCGGUUGUGGGAUGAGGCGGUAAAGGCAGUGGAUGCCAGAGACUGGCAGGGAGCCCUGUCUAAACUCAACCAGAUCACUGAACCUACCUCCCGGACUCUGUUUCUGACGGCCUCUGCUCACCUCGCCUUGGGGCAGCUGGAGCCUGCCAUCCAGGCUCUAGACCAGACCAUAGCAAAGGAUGAGCGACUUGCAGUUGGCUUUUUCCAAAGAGCUGGAGCAUUCAUGAUGGCUAGCAGGCUGGAGGAGGCUCUGAAUGACUGUAUCUCGGCUCUGAAACACAUGAGAGGGAACAUGGUCAUUGAUUACAAACAGCUGGGGCUACGCUACAAGCUCUACAGUUGGCAGGUCUUGUAUAACACAGCAGCUGUCCACUCUAGACUGGACCAGUUGGACAAAGCCCGGGACAUCCUGAUCUCAGCCUCCCAGGAGAAAGGAAGAGGGGGGAGAGGAGGGAACAUGGAGGUGGCUUUAGACAUGAUCUCUAGGGGAGAGGUGCUGCCUGUCCUCCUGGUGCCAGAGGGGCAGGUGUUCCGCCCCAGGAAACAGGACGUAGAACAGCUGGGAGAGAGAGACUUCCUGGGCAAACCAAAGGUCAUUUCCUCUAUGAUUCCCAAUGAUGACUUUGGUGGAUUUGAACCUCUCAGGGUUCAGAAACCUGGAUACUACGAGCCCAAGGUGGAUAGAGUGGAGGAUUCUCGCUACAUGCGUCUGCGUACCCCCUACAUAUCCGGGGGCCCUGGUCAGCUGACGGUGCCAGGAGGAGCCAUGGUGUUUGUCUUCAGUGAUAUGGAAAGAGAUGGACUGGCCACGGUCAUACAUGAUGGACAGAAAGGACUUGUCCCCACGACACUGCUAGACCCCGUGGAUGUCAACAAGUCCAAAGGCAGGAGAAAUUAUAAAAGUAUUCCCAGUGGGAUCCCCCUCCCACCGGGCCUCAGGCCGCCCACUCGCCCACAGAACCAGCCCAGCCCCAUUGCAUCUCUUCAGGAGAGCCCAGUUAGACAGGCACCACCACCAUCCUAUGCCUCUGCCACCCACUCACCAAAUAGCUCCACCCCGCUACGCAUGUACACAUCCACAGUAGACAGCCCCACUGAACUGGAUCCCACUUCACCCCAGGGAGCAGAGGCUGGGUCUGUGGUGGUAAAGGUGCAUUACAGAUACACCGUGGCUCUGAGUGUCCCUUUAGGCACACCGUACGAUGAACUACAGGAGAGAAUUGCUCACAAAUUGGGGCAGCCAGCCUCACACUUGCGCCUCAGACACAGGCAGCAUGGCUCCCAGGUGUUGAAGCCUCUGGAUGGGGAGGAGGGGCUCAGGGCCCUGCUGGAGGUGGCAGAGGCAGGCAGAACCACACUGUGGUGCCAGACUGAGGACCGCCUGGACAACCGUACCAUUCUCUACCAGAUGGUGGCACUGUAUGACUAUGCAGCAGACGGCCCAGAGGACUUGGAGUUCAGUGAGGGAGACUCUAUUGACAUUCUCAGUGAAGUCAAUGAGGAGUGGUUGGAGGGACACUGUGCUGGUUACAUUGGCAUCUUCCCCAGCUGUUUUGCCUACCGGGAAGAAGAGACCCCCACAACCAGGGGUGCAACUUUCACUGGGGACGGGGGGGGUCAUGUACCCCCCACAUUCUGAAAUUACAUUUUUACCCCCCCCCCAGUUUUUUCUUUGCAAUGUGAUACAAAAAGUGGCAAUGGUGUGCUUUAGGACCAUGCCUCCGAGUGGUCGGGUAGGCUGUUUGGAGUGUUCAGCCAGCUUGAUUUAGGACCGCUUGGAUACCACAGAGCGGGCUGACAGGCUGACUGAAGGCAAAGCUUCUGGGAGGCUGGCUGGACCGGCACGGGAGGGAUGAGCAUAGUUCAGUGUGUAUGUUAGCUAGUACUGUAGCUACCACAUCCAGGUCAGCUCUAGCAUCUAGCUAUCUGUCAGAUAGCGAUAUGAGGUGGCUAUUAUUACUAUCUAACAGCAAUUGUUUGUAUGGAAAUGUUUUUUAGCCUUCGUUUUGUUCUGUUUCAACAGAAGGAAAGUGAACUUGCCUAGCUUUCGCCAGUUGAAGUACCGUUAGAAAGAGAGAGUUGGCCAAAGGUUGGCUAAUGUUAGCUAUUAUUUUUUACUUAAUCACACUAGACCUCAAUCAAAUGAUGAAACCAUCAGCCAAAUGAUUGAAAAUUGAUAUUCUGAUGUUUUUUCAGUGCAAUGUGAGUUUCUAUUAGUCAGUAUAGCAAUGUAACUUUAUUGAUUUGUCAGUUUCCCUAAUUCCCUACUUUUCACACUGACACAGUAAUAAACAGCUCUAACAUUCCAGGCUUCACUGUCAUGGUGCACAGUGAGACCGAUUUCUUAAUCUGCAGCUUUUCAUACCGCACUCCACCUGCACCCCGCCCACUACGCUGGCUUUCUGUCUGACUCCCACCUGCUUCUGCAAGACCUUGUCCCAAACCCAACUGCAGUCCCUCAAUGUUAUUUUAGGCGUAUGUGACACAGCUCACUUGCCAGCUAUGGUCCCAGAAAUGUUGUGCCCUUUAGGCAAUAUCAAAUGCGCAAAAAUAACUUAAGAAAUAGUUUAAAUUACCAAAGAUUCAGCACAUGGCCAUAAUAUUAGGCUAUCUGUAUUACUGGGCAGCCAGUAUGCUAAAUGUAGUUUGAAGAGAGCAGAGUAGGAGAGACUUGCACUUUCUCUUGAGCUAUUUGUAAAGCCUACCUUUUAGGAGUGGGAAGAUUUUCAAAGGAGAAAUAUGGGUGAUCUAUUUCUAGGCAACGUAGUAAAGUAUUUAGGAAGUACAUUUCCUUGGAAAGAUAACUGCCCCGUGCUUCUCCGCCCAUGCAUAGGCUAUAGUCUACUCUAUUUAAUUGAGACCACGCUCGCACCUGAUCUCGCAGGUAUGGCUACUGAAUUUGAAGCAGCAAGAAUGACGACAGCGACCCUUCCUACGUUUUGCAUAGGCCUAUAGGAUACAGUCUACCUUUUACAAGGCAGAGACAAAUAAAUGGAUAAUCAAUACUUAUUGAAAAUGAAAAGAAAGGUUCAACGCUCGCUUAACAUAGUAGUCUAACCUAUGCGCGUGUUGUGUGCCUUUUCUUUUAUCCUCAAUGAUUCAAAAGAAAUAUUGCACUUUGACUCACGUUGGUUGAGCGCCCUCCACUUCCUUCCAUUAUCAAAAGCCUAUUUACUUACAGACACUGUAGUAAACUACAGUCUAAUCAUAUUUAAAUUAAUUUAAUAUUUAAGUUAACUACCAGGUGAUUCUCCGCCCAUGUAUGCAGCCUACUCUAUUUUAACGAGACCACACCUACUAGGCGCACUUGAACGCUCACGCCCAACUAGGAGAGGUAGGCUACCUAAAUUGAAACAGCGAAUUCUGAGUGUGAAUAAAUAUGUGUUUUUAAUACAAUAGGUAGGUUAACGCAUACGAAGCAGAAAGCGGCCCCUUUAAAAUAAUCUGUGGGACAACAAAAAAUAGUUUUUUGGGCAUUUUUCGGACAUUUUUCGGACAUGUAAAACAAAAAUGUGAGGAAAACCUGGUAUAAGCUAUUGAUGAUGAUGAAUGAAUACAGAUAUGUUUGAAUGCCCAGUCAUGUUCAUAUCAUCUCAGACAUAAAUUACUGUAGUUUAAAACCAUCAAUAGAACGUACUGUAUGCCAGUGAAACUGGGGGAAAAAAUAAAUGUUAUUCCUCUGCUGGAGGUUUAAAACACAAAAUAGGACAUGUUUGUAUAUGUUAUGGUCUUGUGUAGCCUGGCUGAAUUCGGGCAAAGAGUAUGUUCUCUUAUCUCAGCAUGUCUACAGAUUCUCCCUUCUCCCUGUUUCUGUUUGCUUGGCAAUGUUGAUACUGGAGACCGUUGUCUGAAAAAACUGUGUAACCAAGCAUUUAUAGCAGCUCAGAAAAGGUUGGUUAUCCUCCAACAAUGUCACAAUGGAUGGCAGAAAUGUCAAGUUUAUGUAUCACUAAAUUUGAUUUAUUACAAGAUUAUGGGUAUACUGGACAACUUUCAUAAGGUCUGGAUGCCUUAUAUGGAAUACAGUACAGGUAAAGGAGUCUGUAUUGAAAACAUGCCCGUGUCAGGGGAGAUACCUAUUUUGCCAAUCCCUAACUACUGGGCUGCUCAGUCCUGACCCUGGGGGUCUGCUGUCCUGUUGCUUUUCACUCUGGCCUUGGCCUAACACACCCAAAACCAAUAAAUAAAUGUUUCACUAAGAUCCUCAAGCUGAGUGGGGUGUGUUGAGUUGGUGCACUGCAGGGUGGUGGACCCCUAGGGACAGGACGGGGUGACCCAGCUAUAAUGUUUACAAGUAAAAAGAGCUCAACAGUACUAUUAGGCCUAUGAGAUGAAUUAUAUGGAGGAUUUGCAGUUUCUGUGUGUAAAUGUAUAUUUGAGGUGUAUGUGUUUUUUUCUUCCCCCCCCCCCCCCCCCCCUUGGGAAGAGACCCCUAUAGGUCCUGGUCAAAAGUAAUGCACUAUUUAGUGAAUAGGGUGCCAUUUGAGACGCAGGCUAUAUGCAGAGGACUAGAAGGAUCUCAACCAACAUGAGAUUAGGUGCAACCCAAAAAAUCGAAAGGGCGUGUGUAAGAAAUAGGCGCAGCUCUUGCACACACUCAAAAACGUGAUACUGUAUUUAUCUAUUUCGAGUUGGGACCAUGACGGCCGUCAUUGGCCUUCGUCAGAGUCAGUCCUGAGACUAUAUGUCAUCUCUUCACGUGUUUCUGUGGUUGUCUGAUGGAGGAUUAUAUAUUGUGUUUGCUUGAGACAUGAAGGUGACGAUAUGAAAGACAUGAAGGUCAGCCUGUCAAAGCCACUGACAUUUUCCAUGAGCUCAGAGGGAAUAGAGAGAGUGGGUUUGUUGCCUUAGCAUUUGGUCAAACAGGUACUUAUGGAAUGUUGUAUAGACCUUUAAAAGUGGUUCACCUUUUCCACUUACUGUCAACCACUGUCACUGAAUAUGUAUCACUGAUAUACUGUAAUAUCGUUGUUACUCCCUCUAUGAUUAUGUAAAUGUGUUAAACAAAAAUCUAGUUGUAAGAAUGGCGUUAAAGAAAAAAACCUUGUA